AUGUCAAUUGAAGUAACUUUAAUUCAAACUGAUGUAUUUCCUACAUUAGAACAAACAUUAGAUAAUAUUGAAAAAUUAAUUAAAGAUACUCAAAGUGACUUAUAUAUACUUCCUGAAGUUUUUUCAACUGGUUUUGGAGAACAUUUAGAAAAACUAGCACACCCAAAUGGAGGUCAAAGUGUUAUUGACUGGUUAAUUAAUCAAUGCAAGCAAAAACACUGUGGAUUUGCAGCUGGAAUAUUAAUAGAAGAAAAUAAAAAAUAUUAUAAUCAAUUAGUUUUAGUUGAUGAAAAUGGAAUUAUUGCUAAAUAUAAUAAGACUCAUUUAUAUCGUUUAGGGGGUGAGAGUUUAUUAGAAGCAGGACAUGAAAAGAUAAUAGUUAAUUUCAGAGGGUUUAGGAUGUUAUUAACAAUUUGUUAUGACACUCGUUUUCCUAUGUUCGUAAGAUAUAACUAUGAUUAUGACAUCAUUAUUAAUCCAAUUAACUAUAAUUAUAGAGUACUCAAUGUCGCUGAUAAAUUUGCUGCUUGUAGGGCAAUAGAAAAUGGGUGUUGGGUUUUUUGUCCUAAUAGAAUUGGAAAAGAUGGGUUGAACUUAACUUAUAAAGGACAUUCUUUUGUUUAUAAUCACUUAGGAAUAAAAAUUGCAGAGGCUAAAGAAUCUAAUGAAAUUUUAACUGUUCGUUGUAACUUAAAAGAAAUUACUGACUAUCGAGCAAAAAUUCAUUUAGGAAAUGAUUUUGAUUCUAUCAAAAUGAAUGUCCCUUAUAAUACAAUCACAUUGUAA